CGCACAACACACAACAUGGCGGGUGAUCGAAAAAGCGAGCAAGAACGUUUCGAAGAAGAAAUAGAUUUAGAGGUUACCUUCAAUGAGUUCGACGAUGAAUUUUCAGAGUAUAGUGAGAGAAAAUUGGACGAAACUGAGGAAAACAGCCGAAAAGACUCAAAACAAGGGGAAUAUCCAAACAACAUAUUUUUUAACGACGCUUGUAAUCUUCAAAAUGAAACUGUCAAAACACAUAGCGUUACAGAUGGAAACCACGCCGAAGAUAUGCUAAAUAUGGGAAGGUCAGAAGAAGGCGAAGUUUUUAGUUCGAGUGAAGACGAAGGUGGAGAGAAAAUGGAUUUUGAUGAGGAACUAGACAAUGACCUGAAAGCAGUCACUACGGCGAAUUUCACGUCUGGUGGAAGUAACAUCCAAGGAACACUUGAAACAACCACUUUUAAGUUUUUACCUCCUGAUUCAGGUGAAGGAGAGGGAAGUAAAAUAGAAACUGCAUCGCAAGAGUUAAUAAAAGAUACUGUUAGGAGUGUUGAUGUAACAGAGAGAGAAAUACUUUCAAUGGAAUCUGAUAAUUCAGUGGAUGAUCAGAGUUGGAAGAGACAUAAACGGGCCAGAUUGGAACUGGAAAGCCAAGAGAAUUCUGUGGAGAGGAAAAGGGAGGGAAAAGGUGAAUAAUAGAGAGUGGUGAGCAUACUUACCUAUCCCUACCAACAUGGUUAAACAUUGCCUGCUGCAAACAAAGCUGAAGGAAACUUGAAAACGUUCAAAGAAACUGCACAGUCAAAUAGUGAACCCUUUACACCCUAACACCUGUAUCCACAUUCUCCAUACCCCUCUCUAUGCAUUUCCUUGGUACUGACAAGGAGAAUUUGUGUAACAAUCAAAGCAUCUUAGGAUGGCAGUCAUUUUCUUUAUUCUUGUGAUCUUCAUGAAUGAUUCAGCAGUAUUAGAAACUGGUCAUUGUUGCAAUUUAAAGGGUUAAAACAGCAUACCUGUAGGUAUGUAUUGGUCAAAUGCAAAAAUUGCUCUCUUCCCCCAAAAAAAAAAAAAAAAAAAAAAGAAAAAAAAUUCUCUCAGUUAUCUGUUACAUCUAUAUUAAUCCUUCUUGCCCAUUCAAAAGUCUCCUGGAUAUUAAGUAAAAAUUUAAUCUCUUGGUCUCUCCAAUAGUUAGCUAAUUAUCCUGGUUUGAAAACAGUAGAAAUCACGAAAAUUUUAUAUCCAUGGAAUUUCUUUAUUAACCCUUUGACACUUAAAACAUGACUAGCAUCUAAUUUCUCCUUACAAUAUCACCUCUAAAUCACACAUUAAGGUCAAGAGAAUCAAGUAAAUGAUUACCAAUUAAAGAAGCUCUUGAUUGUUAAACCAAAUUCUCCUUGUCAGCACUUUAGGAAAUGUAUUGAGUGCAGUUUGGAGAAUAUGCAUACUGAUUCUAGGGUGUUCAAAGGUGAACUAAAAGAUGGUUGUAUUGGCAACAUUUGUUUUAUUUUGCAUUAUGUAUGUAUAAUUUUCUGGCCCUGUAACUGUGAGGAGAGACUUGAAUGGAGAGGAUGUUAUUAGUAUCUCUGUUCUGAGCUGGCCAGAUCUGUUUUGUUAAACCAUUGAACACUUUACAAGUUAGGAUCAAUGAGUAUAUUCUCCAUACUUUUUUUAUACAUUUCCUAUGGUAUUGACAAGGAGAAUUUGUUUAACAAUCAAGAGCUUCUUUGGUUAGUGACAAUUUCAAUUUUAUUGUCAUGGCCUUAAUGUGUGACUCAGGGAUGAUAUUGGAAGGAGAAAUUAGAUGCAAGGCACUCUUAGGGUUCAAGGCUUAAGCCUGUUGCUGAUCUCUUAGCUGAGAGGUGAUCAAGGAAUAGUGGAGGAGAGCUGUGCUUCACAAUUACCUCUAUUUUUUUACAAUACCAUCAUAGUGUGCUUGAUUGACGGCAUGUCUUUAUACAUUUUGUAGAUGGUGAACGAGUGAAAACAAGAGGAGGUAAAAAGAAACGGAAAAGACCUGUUGGUAACCAUUAUGAUGGAGGAUGGCAUCAUAGAAGCGAUACCCAGGAGGACCCAAAGUUAGGGAAUCUGUUUAAGCCCUUAAAAGUUACUGCAGAAGAUUCUGAAGAGGUUGUUGCUAAAGAAAUAGCAUGGAAACUAAAUGAAGUAAGUACUGUAGUUGUAAAUGAUUCAGUUAGUGCUGUUAGUGUUUUAGACAGGUACAAAGAGGUUAAAAAGCCAGUCCAUUUAGUAUUAGUGAGGUGUUCUUUGAUCAAAUUAUCCUUCUUAAAACAAACGUUAUUGUGUUUCAGUCUAAUGCUUUUUAGAACAAGCCUUGACUAAGUUCCAAAAGCCUAUGUUACAACCAAGAUUUUUGAUUAGAGAGCAAUUUUUUUCAUGCAAACAAGAAUAUUAUAUGUCUUUAGAUCAUGAACCUAUGUAUCUUUCUAGGCUUGGCUAGCUUAAUUUUCACCAUAGUACCUCUCCUUUAGUGCACUUCUUUUCAAGGACACCGUCAUCCAAGCUACAUGUAAACAGACUUGAGAUAUAUCCAGGACUGACCAUAGAAAUAAAGUAAUAAAAUGAUAACAAAUAUGAGGGCAUACGAAACCAUUCAGGAUAUGAAGUUGUAUGAAGUACACUCCACAUGAUACUUGCAUUUAGUCCUAGACAUUGGUGAAAAACUUAAGUUCCUCUUAUAAAAAGUUCCUCAAAAACCUUUGUACUAAUUACAUGAACCCUCAUUGAAGUUACGCUUUUAUUGAGGGAAAACUUUUCUAGUUCCUGUGUUAUGGGUUCUCUAAAUGAAAGUCUGAGAGUCCUGUUAGAGAGCCCACCUGAUCUUGCUUACAGGCUAUUCUGUAAUAUGGUGAACUAGGUGUAAAUCUGGCUCAGUGUAUUUUGUCUUUUGCAUUUUUACGACAGACAAAAACAACUCUCAUUCAGCGAGUUGUCAGUUGCAUUGGUUGUGAAAAAGCACUCAAGCUGUUUAGAGACACAAAAGAGGUUCAACUGCAUGGAGGGAUGUGGACAAAGGACAAUCAGCGAAGGUAAACUAUUUGCCAGUCAUAUGUAUCAUGUGCAGCAGCAAAAAAUCACUCUCAGUCUCCUUUAAAGCCAUCAGUUUAUUUUGAACCCAACUCUUGUGUGUUACUCAGGUUUUUUUUCCUUCUAUGUCACUGUCUCAAGACAGUCAAUUAAAUGUAAUAUUUCCUGUAAUUCAAUCAAAGUGCUAUGUUUUUUUUCCUCAAAGGGAAAUUGAAGGGAACUUUUCCCACGAAGGGGCAUAGUAGAGACACUUUCCUGUGAAGGGACAAUGUAGGGACACUUUUCCAUGAAGGGACACUUGUCCAUGAAGGGACAUUGUAGGGACACUUUUCCAGGAAGGGACAUUACAGGGACUCUUUUUCAUGAAGGAACAUUACAGGGACUCUUUUUCAUGAAGGAACUUUGUAGGGACACUUUUACGUGAAGGGAAAUAGUAGGGACACUUUUGUUAGCUCCAAGACUGUUCCUUGGAUGAAGGCUGCAUUGUUUACUGUCUCAAAGUUCCUUCAGGCAUUUCUCCCACUAUUUAAUUUCUUUAUUAGUAGGUACCUAUUUUGUAUUUAGGUCUUUCUAAAUUAGUAUCAGUUUUUGUUUUGUAGUUUGUCUUCAGUUGGAAUAAACAACAGUUUCAUCAUUACACAUGUAGUUAAUUAUAUCAGCCAACCCUUAAACUCCCAUGAGCAACCAAGACAGAAUUUCUCCUCACAAUAUCAAUACAAAAUCAAGCAGACAAGUGAUGAGAAUGAAGAAAAAUAUUGAUUAGAUGAUUAUUAGUUUUUCCUAUACUUAAUUAUCCUAACUAACAUCAUUAGAACAGACACUGAGGAUGUGAUCUUUGGAAUGAUGGGGUUAAACCCAAGUCUUGUGUUGAAAUCUGUUCUCAAAGGAAUGUGGUAAAAAAUCUGGUAACUCCGCAACUCUGACCUUUUACUUUGUUUUUCAUAGGCGUACAAGUGGAGGGGUAUUUUUGGCGAUUCUUAAAGAUAGAUACGUCUCUAAAGAACAAAACAAGUGGAUUUUCGCGGUUGAAAACGAGAUCAAUAAAAAGAAAGCAAAAGAACAACAGCAAAGACUGAAAGAAGUUCAAAGGAAAGAUAUAGAGGACUUGAGAAUGAAAUUAAAACAAAAAGAUCAGGAGUAACUCUCGGUGUAAAGUCUUAUCUGAGAGAAAUGAGCGAGAAGCCGCCUAAAUUUUUGAAUAUGUGUACAGCCACUUCAAAUGAUUUGACGUACUGUGAGGACAUGUAAGAUGAUAGCAAAACGAUUAAAAAUGAGGUGAACUUAUUGUUGGCAGGUAUGAGUUCAAACUUCUGUGAGAAUUAGCCUUUCCUUUGGUGUGAC